UCAAGUUGCUGGCAAAUAAUUUCUGUCAAGGGAUCAGGGCCUUCCAACGGAAUGGCGUGGAACACAACUUGCCCAAAUUGGCUGGCAGCAGAGGCUGCCCUGGAAAAGUACUACCUUUCCAUUUUUUAUGGGAUCGAGUUUGUUGUGGGAGUCCUUGGGAAUAGCGCUGUUGUUUUUGGCUACCUCUUCUGUCUGAAGAACUGGAAUAGCAGUAACGUUUAUCUCUUUAACCUCUCUAUCUCAGACUUGGCUUUUUUGUGCACACUUCCCAUGCUGAUUAGAAGUUAUUCUCAUGGAAAGUGGAUAUAUGGGGACAUGCUCUGUAUAAGCAACCGAUAUGUGCUUCAUGCCAAUCUCUACACCAGCAUUCUUUUUCUCACUUUUAUCAGCAUUGAUCGAUACCUGCUCAUGAAGUAUCCUUUCCGGGAACACUUUCUACAAAAGAAGGAGUUCGCUGUUUUAAUCUCUUUGGCUAUUUGGGUUUUAGUAACCUUAGAGCUACUGCCCAUACUUUCUCUUAUAAAUCCUAAUUUUGCUGUCAAUGGCACCAACUGUAUUGAUUAUGCAAGUUCUGGGAACGCCCAAAGCAGCCUCAUUUAUAGCAUAUGCCUAACCUUCUUGGGAUUCCUCAUUCCCCUUGUGGUGAUGUGCUUCUUUUAUUUCAAGAUUGCUCUUUUCCUAAAGCAGAGGAGCAGGCAGCUUCGUACUGCUUUGCCCCUUGAAAAGCCUCUCACCUUAGUCAUCAUGGCCGUUGUGAUCUUCUCUGUGCUUUUUACUCCCUACCACAUCAUGCGGAACAUGAGGAUCGCUUCACGCCUGGAGAAGUGGAAGGAAUACCAAUGCACUCAGGCAGCCAUCAACUUCUUCUACACUUUGACUAGGCCUUUGGCCUUUCUGAACAGUGCCAUCAACCCUGUCUUCUAUUUCCUUUUGGGAGAUCACUUCAGGGAGAUGUUGAUGAGUAAACUGAGGCACCAAUUCAAAUCCCUUACAUCCAUUAGAAGAUGAGGUCCUGGACUGAUGUUUCCAUGCAGGGAAAAGUGAGAUGCUUGUGUAACAGAUUAUUUUAUAUGUGCAGCUGUAGGCCAAUUACAGUUUGAUUCAACUCACAGAUGUAAAUCAGAAAGGGAUAGACCUGACACUGUUUUAAAAACACGCUGCAUCUGGAGUAUGUGAAAAGAAGAAAAUGGGAAGUAUUUAUUGGUUUCUUCACCUAAGAACUUCAAGGAGUUAGACUGCAUUGUCUAAUGUUUGAUCAUGGAAGUCCAAAACCGUGGGUGUUACAAGACUUUCUCAAUCAGUGUAAAAGGAAUAGCAGAUAGAUAAAGCAUCAAAUAGUCUGUGUAUUUAAUCACUGGUCAGAUUGUAAAAAAAAAAAAUUGUGUUGGCAACAUUCUCUAUGUUAUUCUUAUUUGUUUGAGCUUAUAAAUUAAUGUGAAAACUAAGUAACAGAUUAGGCAUACACUAUUAAGGACUGUUGUUAGAAAUUGUGCUCUUGAACAAAAUUUAAAGUAAACAGUAGCAACAAGGAAGAAAGCAACUUGUUGAGUUCAAUGAUGCCUAUAUGACAUUUCUUUAUAUUGAUCAUGAAUUGGGGUCAAGUUUUAACUAUAAGUCCUAUUUUUUGUAUGGUUUUUAGAGCAAUUAAUCAUAUUAAAUGGAACCUAAGGAGAUGGUUCAACAAAGGGAGAGAGAAGUUUGAGCUUGUCUCUCAGGGAAUUUUGGUGUAAAUGAUUGCGAGAAGAGAGACCAUGGAGAAUUGCAAAAAUCUCAGAGUUAUAGAACACAAAGUGCCUAUCAGAAAACCCAAAGCAAAACAAAACAAAACAAAACAAAGGUAAAUGCUUUUGGACAACUUUAUCUCAAAGACAGUGACUUAUAUCUGGUAUGAGCUUUGUUUUCACAGAAUAUUACAUAAGGCCAUUGAAGGAAGUUUUCUAAACAAAUGUACUUUAUGAAAUUGUAGAAUAUAGGGAAUACUUAUGUGCAUAUUAAUAUAGAUUAACCAGAUGCCACCAUUCCACGCCACAAAACAAAUAUAGGAA